AUGGCGGAAGGAGACAUCCAACAUGGCAUUCGGCCAUCAAGCAGCCACGGUGAUGACAAGAAUAAGGCAGUGGUCGAAACUACUGUUGAGCCCUCGGUUGAUAUUGAUCCGAAAGAAGAGAGGGCUUUUGUCUGGAGACUGGAUCUAUGCUUCUUAACCGUCGGAUUUCUGGGAUACAUGUUCAAAUACAUUGACCAGACGAACAUUAGCAACGCCUAUGUAUCCGGAAUGAAAGAGGAUCUCUCUCUCUACGGCAAUGAACUCAACUUUUUUACCACUUAUUUCAACAUUGGCUAUAUUAUCAUGCUAUGGCCAUCUUGUAUUAUAAUCUCCCAUAUUGGACCUUCAAAAUGGCUGCCCGCAUGCGAGGUUAUCUGGGGCGUCUUGACAUGUUGUUUGUCUGUCGCAACCAGCGCACAACAGGUCUACGGGCUUCGUUUCCUCAUUGGAUUUUUUGAAGGCACUACCUGGCCCGCAUAUUUCACCCUCAUCAGCCAGUGGUACCUACCCCAUGAAGUGGCUCUGAGAAUGAGUCUUUACAACAUCGCGCAGCCCGCUGGAGCCAUGGUCUCAGGUGCCAUGCAAGGUGGCCUGUCCACUAACCUUGAGGGCGUGCUCGGCCGAGCAGGAUGGAGAUGGGCAUUUAUCAUCAAUGGAAUAUGCACUAUUUUUGUUGCAUUGCUAGCAUUUUUCUUUCUGCCCGGAUAUCCCGAGGCUCCUAAUCCUUUGGCCAAAUUCUACCUAAAGCCUCGCCAGAUUGAAAUUGCCCUUGCGCGUGCUCGUAGGGUUAAUCGAAAGGCACAGGUUGGUAUCACACUCAAGUCUUUUCUACGUUGCUUCACUUUUUGGCAACUAUGGGCGAUUGGAAUUGCAUGGCCGAUUGGAGGCAACUUUUUGCCUUCCAACUACUACAAUCUCUGGCUCAAGUCCUUGAAAAACCCAGAUGGAACAGCAAGAUACACUGUUGCCAUGCUCAACUAUCUACCAAUUAUUGGUCAAGCAGCCCAAUUGGCCGCGGAGGUCCUCUACAGCAGUGCUAGCGACUAUUUUGGAAAACGUUUACCAUUCCUCCUUGUCCAUUCAGUUAUAAAUAUUACGUCCUUGUCUAUCUUGAUUGUUCGCCCCCAGAAUGAGCAGUUGUACAUGGCUGGUUGGUAUAUGAACUAUACCGGAGCGGUUUCAAUGAUGCUUCUAUGUUCCUGGGCCUCAGAACAUCUUGCACAUGAGCCUCAAGUGCGAACUAUGCUCUUCGCAUCUGGCACUCUCUUUGCCUACAUCCUUAGCGCCUUCGUUCCGAUUGCGGCGUUCCCAGCUUCCGAGGCACCCCAUUGGCGUAUUGGAGCCAAAUUGUACAUGGGAUUCGCCAUCUUCGCCGUUUUCCUCUAUUUUGGCAUCUAUUUCGGAUUCAGAUGGGAGAAGAAACGGGCAAAGCAAGCAGAGGCUCUGGAGAGACCAACCUCGACCGGGGAGGAGUCAGAGUCAGGCUCCAAGUAG